AUUUGGCCACACUGCAAUAUCGAACAAACAAGAGUUAUUAUUUUUGCAUAAAGCUUAACAUAAGCUACAUAAAUUUGCGGUCAACAUGUCACAAGAGGUGGAAGAGACUUUAAAACGCAUUCAAAGCCACAAGGGGGUUGUUGGCACAAUUGUUGUUAAUAAUGAAGGUAUUCCGGUGAAGUCAACACUGGACAAUACGACGACUGUGCAAUAUGCUGGCUUGAUGAGUCAGCUGGCGGACAAGGCGAGAAGUGUGGUCCGAGACUUGGAUCCAUCUAACGACAUGACAUUCCUUCGCGUGCGCUCCAAGAAACAUGAAAUUAUGGUCGCUCCUGAUAAGGACUUUAUUCUUAUCGUCAUACAAAAUCCAACCGACUAGAAUGAUGACUUUGGAUAUGCACAUACGGAGUAUUUAUUUUAAUAAUCAAUUAUCAAAUUAUAAUUCUCAACGGGAAAGAUAAAUAAAUGUUUAUACUUUA